AUGAAACAAGAGGAGAACCACUUUGUGGUCCCGAAUACUCAGGAAGACCCUAGUGCUGAUGACAAACCAAAAGAUACAAAGAAAUAUUCUGUCAAGUUCAAAAGAUCAAGAUCAUCAAGAGCUUGUGAAGUUUGUCAUAGUCGGAAAGUCCGUUGUGAUGCUAUGAUCCAUAUUCCAUGCACAAACUGUCUGACUUUUGGCUGUGAAUGUAAAUUCCCAGAACCAAAGAUAAGGAAAAAUGCUAAAAAGAAGAAGGUUGAAAAUAAUGACAUUUCAACAACUGAAAAUUCAAACCAUACUACAACAACAUCAUCAAACGGCCUAGAAAAACCCGUUUUGAAACAAGAUCCACCAACAAUAUCGCAUUCUAAAAAGAAAAAUGAACCAGUGGCUGCCGUUUCCGCUCAAAGUGCCAAAAUUGAUCAAUCCAAAUUUUCUCAAAAAAUGUCUUCAAUUUCAUUCAUAGGUACUUCAUCAACGGCAAACCUUUUAACUGAUCGUGCAAAUGUUUCAAGCUCUCAUUUAAUUAAAGAUGAGUUCGUACCACCAACUUUAAACAGAAUUAUGGAAAAGACAAGAAUUGGACUAGACACUGUUCAAAUGGAAAUUCUUAGAGUCCGUGGUGCUUUCUUACUACCUGAAAAACAACUAUGUGAUGAUUUAGUAAACACUUAUUUCGAAAGAAUUUAUCCAGUGGAACCAUUAGUUGAUAAGGAAAAAUUCAUCAAAGCUUAUAAAGAAGGUUCAAUUUCAAUUUUGUUAUUACAAUCGGUUUUAUUAGCUGCUUCAAGAGUGUCAGAAAACCCAAGCUUGUAUGAUUCAGAUGGCUCAAAUUAUUUAGCAAGUUGUACUUUUUUCCAACGUGCUAAGGCGCUCUAUGAUGCUAAUUAUGAAAGAGAUCCUUUGACUUUAGUACAAUCCCUAACUUUAUUUACAAGAUUUUGGGAAGGUUUAGAUGAUAUUUUGGGCAAUUCUUAUUACUGGAGUCGUGUUGCAGUUACAGUGGCUCAAGGUUAUGGAUUUCAUAGAACUUUGAAUGAUACGAUCUUGACUCCUGAGGAAAUGAAGAAAUGGAAAUUAGCUUGGUGGAACCUAUACAUCAAAGAUAUAAGUGCAUCUGUUUCUUUUGGUCGUCCGAAAAUUAUUCAUUUGGAAGAUUGUGAUGUGGAAAUGCUAAGAUUGGAAGAUUUUCCUGAUGAUGUUUCUUAUGAAGAUGCUGAAUCUUUUAUUCAAUUGAUCAAAUUAUCAGAAAUUAUUUCAAUUGUAAUGCAAGAACAAUAUAGUGCAAAGGCUGAAAGGUUUAAACAUCGUGAGAAUUGGGUCAUCACUCAUUGUGAUAUGUUGAUGAGUUCUUGGAGAAAUAACUUGCCUCAUAAUUUACAAUAUGUCCCAAAUAAAAAAUUCCCAUUAUCUGUUAAUUGUUUGAAUUUAUACUAUUAUAGUGCUGUUUGUCUUGUUCAUCGUUCAAAUAUGGUUAGAACUGCUACAUUGCAUGGUAAAACUUAUCCUUCUGAAGGUAUUGUUUUCCAAGCUUCAAGAAUUAUCGCCGAUAUAGCUGCAAAGAUGAUGAAGUAUGACCAAAUGAAAUAUUGUAACGCUCUUGUCGUUACAAGUUUGUUUACUGCUUCAAUGACUUUUAUUUGUCAUAUGGAUUCUUCAAAUAGUUCAAUUUCUAAAACUGCAAGAUUAGGUUAUGAAGUUUUAUUUAAAGCUUUGAAUGAAUUUGGUAAGAAUUAUUUGAUCGCUGCAGUGAUUGCUCAUAAUAUGCAGAAAUUGGCAAGUGAUAAUAAAGCUAGACAAAAAUUGUUA